CUCUCUCCUUUCUCCACAUCUCUGUGUCGCUGUGGAGAGGAGACGCUGCUUCUUGGAGAUACUCGAGGAAAACAGGAAAAUAGCUGCUGCUGCUGGAUGUUAACAUGCAGCGCUGCACGCCUUAAACAAGACACACACACACACACACGCGCGCAAACACACCAACAUACACACAAACACGCUUUGUGCUGCUGCAGCCAUGCCAGGAAUACCUGCUGAAUAUCUGCUGCUGCAUGGGACGUGAUGGAUACCGCUUCUGCUGAUGGAAACUGACACCGGUGACAGCGACGGAGGAUAAUAAUGAUGGAAGGCAGAGUGAUUCGUCCCCAGCCGGAGCCACAGCAUUCCUCAGCCGCCCCUCUGCUGCACACCGCCGCUCCCUGAAGGAUACAUCGACCUUGACAUAUCACGGCGUGCGUGACAACCUGGCACGGACCGAGCUGAAAGGUUGCCUCUCCUUGCCAAAAGCUGGAAGACAACAAGGCCAAAGCUUCAGGGACCGGGCGUCAGCAGAAAUCCACUCUGUCUCGCUGCAGUAACAAAUGAGCUUUUAUUUGUAAAGUUAACAGUGCUAACAGCUGACUCCUUAAGGGCCAAUUACGGGCUGAAGGGAAUACGGGGCCAAGAUGAAGGAGGCAGCGGUUGUGGCUUGUUUGCUGGCCGAGCUGUUCUUGGCUGCUUUUGUUGUGGCCUCUGAGGGGGCCGCUCAUUGCCCCACACUGUGCCGAUGUGAGAUACGACCCUGGUUCUCACCCAGCUCCAUUUACACCGAGGCCGCCACCGUGGACUGUAAUGACUUGGGUCUCUCGGUGCUGCCGGAGCGACUCCCCGCAGACACGCAGGUGCUGCUGCUGCAGACAAACAACAUCGUUAACGUGGAGAAAAGUUUGGAUUACUUGGCCAACAUCACUGAAAUCGACUUGUCUCAGAAUAACAUUUCCUCUGUGAGCGAUGUUUGUCUGGGGACUCUGCCCCGGCUGCUGUCGCUCCACAUGGAGGAGAACUGGAUUCAGGAGCUUUCUGACAGCUGCCUCGCCUCCCUGCUCAGCCUGCAGGAGUUUUACAUCAACCACAACCUGAUUUUCUCCAUCAGCCCCGCAGCUUUCCAAGGCCUGAGCCGCCUGCUGAGGCUCCAUCUCAACUCAAAUCGCCUGACAAACGUCAACAGCCAGUGGUUCCAGCAUCUGCCCAGCCUGGAGAUCCUGAUGCUGGGAGAAAACCCCAUCCUCGAGCUGUCAGACAUGAACUUCAAACCCCUGAGGAACCUCCGGAGCCUCGUGCUUGCCAAGAUGAAUUUGACUGAAAUGCCUGACGACGCUCUGGUCGGCCUCGAGAACUUGGAAAGCAUCUCAUUUUUUGACAACUUGCUCAAUCGAGUCCCCCGAGCAGCGCUGACGAGAGUCCAGAACCUGAAGUUUCUGGACUUAAAUAAAAACCCGAUCGAGCGGAUCCAGAGAGGCGACUUCACGGGCAUGAUGCACCUCAAGGAGCUCGGCAUCAACAGCAUGCCCGAGCUCGUGUCUAUCGAUGGUUUCGCCCUGAACAACCUGCCGGAGCUGACAAAAAUCGAGGCCACCAACAAUCCUCGGCUGUCCUACAUCCACCCGCGCGCCUUCCACAAGCUGCCGCGGCUUGAGACGCUGAUGCUGAACAGCAACGCCCUGAGCGCGCUCCACCGCACCACCGUGGAAUCGCUGCCCAACCUGCGGGAGGUCAGCCUGCACAGCAACCCCAUCCACUGUGACUGCGUCAUCCGCUGGGUCAACAUGAACAGGACCACUGUGCGCUUCAUGGAGCCGGACUCCCUGUUCUGCGUGGAGCCUCCGGAGUACCAAGGCCAGCAGGUCCGCCAGGUGCACUUUAGGGAGAUGACGGAGAUCUGCCUCCCGCUGAUCUCACCCGGCAGCCUCCCAAACCGCGUCGAGGUCGGUAAAGGGGGCUCCGUGUCGCUGCACUGCCGGGCGUUUGGAGAACCAGAGCCGGAGAUCUUCUGGGUGACACCCUCAGGUGACAGGGUCCUACCCGGGAGUGUGUCCGAUAAGUACUACAUGCACCCAGAGGGGACCUUCGACCUCUACGACACCACAGAGGAGGAAGCAGGCUCAUACACCUGCAUCGCCCACAACCUUGUUGGAGCGGACCUCAAGUCCGUGACAGUUGCGGUGGAUGGAUACCUUUCCCUGUUUUUGGAUCAACCUUUACAUGUAUACAUCACAUCGGUCCAGUCUCAUUCUGUGCGGGUUUCCUGGGACAGCUCGGGGGGGUUGGUGUCACAGCUAAACUGGUCCAUUUUAGCCAACAGCAGGGGGCCCUUGGCGCCAUUCACAGCCCGGCUUCCUGCUGACGUCAAAGAGUACCACAUCAAACAGCUGCAGCCGUCCACUCGCUACCAGGUGUGUGUGGAGGUCGCCGCAGCAUCGCCUGGAUACAGCAGGGACUGCGUCAACGUGACCACAAAGGAGGCGGUGGUCCUGAGAGGGAAACCGGAGAGGUGGGACGCUCUGGUGAUGGCUACAUGUGCCGUGUCUUUUUUCGUGAUUGCCGUGGCUUGCUCCGUCAUCUACACGUCUCUUUACAGCCAAGUGUUUUACAGGAAACUGAUAGCGUACCCGGCUGAGACGCUGCUGACUCCCAGCACUCAUUCCUCCUCCCUUUCUUUCCUGGAGUUUGGAGUGUCUGGGGUCAAGGUGACGGCCACUGUCAUAGACUUACCGGACGACUCCGUGUAAGAGACAUCCUUGUCUGUUAAAGCACUUUGGGAUUAAGCGACGAUGAAGAGCGAUGGACCCUGGGAAAUGUAACUUACGUGCCCUCUUUUCAGGACUUUUGACAAGACAUUUUGCACUGGAGCUCAGCCGGGAGGCACCAGAGCAAAAUUCACACACAUUUACAUAAACGGCUAAAUGCAAAGACUAUUUUGUAUUUCAAACUUGUGUCAUUAUAACGAGCUUAAUCAGGCAGAUAUCUUGACUAUAAUCUACAUGGCUACUGGUCAUUCAUGCAGUGCAACCAGAGUUAAGCACAGCACAGGAACUAUUCUCUCUGAAAUACUUUGUUGAGACGGCUUCGAUGUCUGCAAAAAGCAUUUUCUUUGCUGUGUUACAUUAAACUGUGCCAAGCGAAGAUAGUUUAUAACGGCAGAAGAAUUAUGAAAAAAAUGUUAGUCUAGUGUACAAUU